AUGGCCAAAUAUGGCAUGGCAGCAGACCGUGGAAGCUCCACUUCAGAAUUUACCUCCAGUCAGGAAACCCCAAUGGCAGGGAUCAAUGGAGGCUCGGACAGCAGUGGAGUUCUGCCAAUCACAAGCCACAAGCUGAACGGGCAUAACUAUUUGCAGUGGUCACAGUCCGUUCUCAUGUUUGUUCGUGGGAAAGGAAAUGAUGACCACCUCACAGGCCUGUCAACUUCACCAGGAGAAAAAGACCCCAAAUACCGGUCUUGGAGGGCUGAGGACAGCAUGGUGAUGUCUUGGCUGAUUAACUCUAUGAUCAAUGAUAUUGGAGAAAAUUUUCUUCUCUAUAGUACUGCCAAAGAAAUUUGGGAUGCUACCAAAGAUACCUACUCCAGCAAAGAAAACACCUCUGAACUAUUUGGUGUGGAAACCAUUCUCCAUGAUCUCCGACAAGGUGAAACCUCUUUAGACUUGUUUGAAGAGUAUACUUGGGAGAGUCCGAGUGAUGGAAAUCGGUAUAGGCAGAUUAUUGAAAAGAAACGAGUGUUUAAGUUUCUAAUGGGACUUAACAAAGAUUUAGAUGAAGUCCGUGGGAGAAUUCUGGGUACAAAGCCACUACCAAGUCUAAGAGAAGCCUUCUCGGAGGUAAGGAGGGAAGAAAGCCGGAAGAAAGUGAUGCUAGGAACACUAAACAAUCAGCCCACAGCCGCAGCCACUGAAGGAUCAGCCCUUGCUGUACGUGGACCACAACUGAACAACACAGAAAACAAGGUGAGAAGAGGAGGCAGACCCCGGUGUGAACAUUGCCGAAAGACAGGCCAUACAAGGGAUACUUGUUGGAAGAUUCACGGGAAACCUACUGAUUGGAAACCCUCACGUUCAACAACUGAAAGCCGUGGCAACAUUGCAUCUUCAGCCAGUGAGAACAACACCUCAGAACCGAUUCUCUUUAGCAAAGAGUGGCUUUAA